UUGUGAAGCUAUGACGCACUUGCGAAGGAAGAAAGAAAAAACUGUACCUACAAACAUAUCCCGCCAUUAAACGCCCGUGCUUCGCGCGGGAUGUUGUUAGUCUAAAAUAGCAAACAAAGCCCAGAUCUUUUCUACGGAUUACCUCUCCUUAGUUACUGCUUACGCGGGACGUAAUUCAGCAUUCCUACCAACGUACGUUUCUUUUCUGUGUGUGGCUGCCAAACGCGGGGAAGGGACAUGGUUCGCGCGGCUCUCGAUCCCUUGGCUCCACCACAUGGACCAAUUGUGCUGUAUUCUCGUGAUAUUAUAAAAUCUGCAAAAAAAGAGCGAAACAUAAUAAUCAUAUGGACACAACCAAUUUCACUGAAUCAGGAAUUUCGAAAGGAACCAAAUGGCACCGCGCAGUGUGUGGGCCGCAUUUUCUAAUAGAACAACCUCGUGCUAUAUUUUCUGAGUUGAAGCUUUCUUAUAGAGUUGCUAAAUAGAGAGAGAGAGAGAGGACGCCGCCGCCAUCUUCAGAGAACAGCAAGUUGAAAUCGUAGUCUAAUGCAGAAUCGCAUCGAGCUAUUUAAUAUUGCCGAUCCUCGUCGGUGGCCUGCCCGCAGUUAGUGCCGGACGGACGGAAACCAAUAAUCGUUAGAAACAGGAAUCCAUAUACCCACAACAAGUGAUGACUCGGGCAUCGGUGCAUCCCCAUUUGCUGGAAACAAUCGUACAAGAAACGUUUUUCAUCACUAGACCAUUCGCGUGCUUAUGUAAACUGUUUCUUUUUUUGGCUUACGUAACAUUUUGUCAUUUUUCAGGAUAACUUCAUUUACACAAACUUUCAAUUGAAAUGUAAAAGUCAUUUAGCCCCGUACAAACAUUAAUGUGGAGUUAAGAAAUUUUACUUUUUGUGAACCAAAAAAAACACACUCGACAGUUGAAUAGAGAGAACAAGCAACAAAAGCAUACCGUACAAGCGAAACGGAAACAGAAGAAGUAUAACCUCACUUGAAUAAUAUCAACACAUAACUUGGUAAAUGGAAAAAAACCGGAAACAACAUACAAAUCAUUAUACAAAAACCACACCGAAAACCACUUAAAUAUGAUUGUUUUGUGAGCACGAACACAACCCAUUGUGAAAACAAACAGCAAUCAAUAGAAUAGAGAAGCAGCGAAGCGAGCGAGAGGAACGAAAAUACACACUAGGUAGCAUCUUUUCACUCAAUUCACUGUGGUACAUUUAUAGUUUUGGAGCAAGCGCAUCCAAGGAGCUUUAGCCGCACGAAGCGCGCGCGCGCCACAAGCAAAGCAGAGAGCGCAGGUGGGUGGUGGUGCUGUUGUUAGUUAAGUGAAAUUUGUGAGAAAGUAUAAAAACAAAAGCUUCAAAAAUGGGCGUAGAAAACACACAGCCACCGCGCAAUUAAAAUCGAACUAAAAUGCAGGCAAUGCGGGAUACGAGGCAAGGAAAGAAAGAAAGAAAGUAAGCAACAAAACCCGCCAAUGGGGGAACGGGUUGGCAAAAAACGUGGCAACAGUUGAGCACGGUGCGGGCCGAUGUUAAGGCAAAACUCACCAAAAUAAAAACACAAUAUGCUGCAAGCUAUAAGAACCCGCGUAAGCGAAAUGCGUAGAUGUAUAACACAGGCAGAAACAUGCAAGCAAGAUCCACACAUGCAAGCAAACAAAAAAAAACCAAAGUAAAAAGCAAAACCAAAUAAUAUAAACACCUUCCCAAAGAAAAAAAAACACUUACACACCCAUAACAACACACACGACAAAAAACAUACACCCCCCCAAAAAAAAAGCUAACUUAUUAAC